AUGAGGAAAUCGGCUCUGCGAAAGGGUGCUCUCAACCUGAAAACACUUUUGCGUCGGAGAGAAUCGGUUAUUGCUUCGGCUGAACUGAUAAAAACGUUCGAUGAAAAUUUCGAGGUUUCGCAAAUAAAUCAGGUAGCGCUACGGAUCGAACGGCUCGAUGAGCUAUUCAGGAAAUUUGAGAGUGUGCAGGAUGAAAUAGAAUUGAUCGAGGAUAGGGAAGAAGAGUUUCUUGAUGACCGUGAGCAGUUCCAAGAUAAAUAUUUUGAGUUGAAGGCGUCUCUAAUGGGUAAACUUCCGCAAACAGCCCCCGUUCUUCAGUCUGCGUCUCUAGUUCAGACUCCGCCCGUGCAUGUGAACCCUACUAUGUCCGUCAAGCUUCCGGAACUGCGGAUUCCGGAGUUCAGCGGAAAACCGGAGCAAUGGAUAGAAUUUCGGGAUCUCUUUAAAGCGGUUAUCCAUUCGAACACCCAGCUGUCAGCGGUUCAAAAACUACAUUACCUUCGAAGCUCGCUAGCGGGUGAUGCGUCACGUUUAAUCUCGUCUACCGCCCUUACAGCGGAUAACUAUCCUAUAGCCUGGAAGAUCAUCACCGACCGAUAUGAGAAUAAAAAUUACCUAGUCAAGCAACAUAUGACAGCUCUUUUCAAAACCCCUCCCGCCAAGAAGGGGUCCGCUGCUGCCUUGGACGAGCUGGCAGAUGAAUUCAACCGACACGUUAGAAUCCUCGACAAACUUGAAGACGUAAACGACCACUGGAAUUCAUUCCUAGUGGAACGUUUAAGUAGCUUGCUUGAUGGAAAAUCCCUGCUGGAAUGGGAGACUCAGUGCAAGGAGGAAGAAACUCCGAAAUACGACGACUUACUCGACUUUAUGCACAAAAGGUCCCGUACUUUACAGAAGUGCUCUGCAUUUGUCAAUACUCCCGUUGAAAACAUUUCUAAACCAGUGAAAGGCAAAGCUUCCUCUUCCCAUGUUGCUUCCGAAAGUGUGUCGAAGUGUCCGGGAUGUAAAAACUCUCAUCCUCUAACACAGUGUGAAAUGUUCCAGAAGCUGACUCCGAAUAACCGUUUCGAUUUCGCGAAAAGUCAUCGCCUGUGCAUCAAUUGCUUAAGGGGUGGCCACAUGGCCAAGGAAUGCCGUAGUGGUCUUUGUAGAAUCUGCGGCAAGAAGCACCACAGCCUGCUUCAUCUACCAACAGUAACGUCGAUCCCCGCAGCUGUUAGCACGAGCGACGAAGAAGGCACAUCACAUACACGCAUAGCAGUCUGCGCCACACCAGCCACCACUUCUAAAUCAGAAGUUUCGUAUUCGGGCGCGAUGGUACCAUCGGUGGUACCAACACAUACAUUACCCCAGGCAAUUAAGUCGGUUUCGCGUAGACCGCUGUCGAUAAGCACUUCGGUCGAAAGUCCCCCUUCUUCGUCGCCGGUGGUUUCGUACGGUCCUUUCGAAUCAGAGCCGCUUCCAUAUAGUUCCCAUGUUCCAGCCGCAUCGUUAACACAAUCAAAUGAGCCUCAUCAAGCAACCAUAUUCCUCUCAACAGCCGUGGUACGAGUUCGAGAUAUCAACGGUGCCUAUCAUUAUGCCAGGGCACUACUUGAUAGUGGCUCACAAUCGAAUUUCGUUUCCGAAUCCCUUGCGCAAAAAUUGGGUCUAAAACGUUCGCGAAUCAAUCUUCCCAUCAGCGGAAUAGGCCAAGCAACAGUAAGCGUUCAUUUUAAAGUCGAUGUUAUGAUCGCUUCUCGGUUUGGAAACUUCGAGCAUCUACUCGACUGUUUGGUGCUGCCAAGACUAACGGUUUGCUUGCCUAGUCGCCAUGUGGAUAUUUCCCAAUGGAACAUGCCUCGUAAUCUGCAGCUAGCCGAUCCAAAAUUUAACAUAAGUCAAAGAGUCGAUCUAAUUAUCGGAGCGGAAUUAUUCUACACUCUUCUCGAAUCUCAUCAAAUCACAAUCGCUGAUAAUUACCCUCUAUUACAGAAAACACUCUUAGGCUACGUUGUCUCUGGGAAGGCUCACACUCCCACACCUGGUUUGGUGUCGUGCCACUUAGUAACUGACCAAGAUCUAAAUGACCAGCUAGCUCGAAUGUGGGAAGUUGAUGACUUCGAUGUUGGGAAGGCUCUGACCCAGGAGGAAAGGGAAGUGGAACACCACUUCACAAGAAACGUCACAAGGAGCGGAGAUGGUCGCUACACUGUUCGUCUCCCCCUGCGACAAUCCAUGCUGCCGCUGCUUGGUGACUCUUACAGCUCUGCUCUUCACCGCCUUUUGAUGAUCGAGAGACGUUUCGCUAAAAACUCAAGCCUUCGAGAAGAGUACAUCAGGUUUAUGGAUGAAUACGUCAAUUUGGGACAUAUGGAAGUGGUCAUACGCGUCGCGGGCCCGCAGUUCUUCUUGCCACACCACGCCAUCCAUCGUCCGGAAAGCAGCACCACUAAAACCCGUAUCGUUUUCGACGCCAGCAGCAAAGCAACUGGUCAUCUAUCACUAAACGAAGUGUUGCAGACUGGCCCCAUCGUACAGCCCCCACUGAUCUCGACAGUGAUCAAUUUCCGGAUGCCCAAGUUUGUUUUCACGGCUGACGCGGAGAAAAUGUUCCGCCAAGUCUGGAUACACCCGGAAGAUCGGAAGUUUCAGCAGAUCCUCUGGCGCCGAGAUCCUUCGCAACCAGUACAAACAUAUCAGCUCAAAACGGUCACGUACGGGCUCACUAGUUCUCCGUACCAUGCAGCUGCUGUGCUCAACAAACUGGCAGAGGACGAAGGACAGAAAUAUCCUCUUGCGGCACCCGUCGUAAAAGAACGUUUCUACGUUGACGAUGUUUUGGCCGGAGGAGACGAUCCAGGGGAGGUAGCGGAAACUUGUCGACAGUUGCAGGCUCUGUUAGCAAAGGGAGGAUUCACAUUGCGGAAGUGGUGCACAAACGAUUCAAGAGUGUUGCAACACAUCCCUAGCGAGCUGUGGGAAAAUGCUUCGCAAAUCGAAAUCGGUCAGUCCCAUCUUACAAAAACUCUCGGACUGCUAUGGGAUGCCAGCUCAGAUUGCUUCAGAAUAAAAAUUCCUUCGCUGACGGAAUUGAAUGGAGUAACCAAGCGCGUCGUGGUGUCGGAGAUGUCUCAGCUUUUCGACCCACUCGGAUUCCUUGGACCGGUAGUGAUUAACGUCAAAAUGUUCAUUCAGGAGCUAUGGACGAAGUGUCUAUCUUGGGACGAAGAGUUAUCUGACGAAGACAGCAAUUGGUGGCAGAAUUUUCGUGUGGAAUUACCCAUUCUCGCGAAGAUCACAGUGCCCCGGUGUGUGCUUCCCAAUCAACAACGCGAAUAUCAACUCCAUUGUUUCAGUGAUGCGUCUCAGCGAGGGUAUGGUUCCUGUGUCUAUGUUGUGGGACAAAACGCAAGUGGAGAAAUUGAAAGACACCUUUUGAUCGCCAAGUCACGUGUCGCUCCGUUACGUGGCUUAUCAAUACCGCGCCUAGAGUUAUGUGCUGCGGUUCUCGGAAGUCAGCUGGUACAGAAAUUACGGACCACCGAAUUCGUCGUCGCUAGUGCUACAUUUUGGACAGACUCAACUGUGGUACUACACUGGAUUCGUUCGGUGUCUACAAAAUGGAAGGUGUUCGUCUCCAACAGAAUAGCUGAGGUUCAGGGUCUCACCAGAGGCUCUCAAUGGAGACACGUUCCUACACAUCUAAAUCCAGCGGAUCGUAUUUCACGUGGCGUCCGCCCAACACAAAUACAGGAAGACACAUUGUGGUGGCACGGUCCAAACUUUCUCGCUGGACCGAAGGAGGACUGGCCUGAAAUCUUGCCAAACUCAUCAGACAUCGAUGUUAUCCAGGAACGGCGCCAAAUCAUCGCUUUGACUUCCAUCGUCGUGGAUAAUUCCAUUUUUUAUCGUUACGCCGAGCUGGGACGCUUGCUGAGAAUAUCUGCAUGGUGCAUCCGGUUUGCCGCAAACUGUCGUCGCCAGAAGGAUGAACGUAACUUUGAAAGGAUUACACCACACGAGAUAGAUAGCGCGUUGAAGAUCCUCGUUCGUAAGGCACAGGUAACAGUUUUUCAUCGUGAGAUUAUACAGCUCGAAUUACAAAGACGUGAUUCCAACUACACGGUCGAACUUGAUAAUAAAUCCCCCCUGAAACAUCUGAAUGUCUUCCUCGACAUCAAUAGUUUACUACGCCUCGAUGGACGUUUGCGGAAUGCGUCAAUCCCCUACGAUUCGAAAUAUCCGAUGAUUCUCCCAGCAGACCAUCGCUUGAGCCUCCUCCUAGCUCGAUCACUGCAUUUGCAAACAGCUCACUCUGGACCUUCAUUGCUGUUAGCAACCAUGCGCCAACGGUUUUGGCCUUUGCGUGGUCGGCAGCUGGUGCGUAAGAUCGUGCGCUAUUGUAUUACCUGCUUCAAGUGUCGCCCACCUAAUAUGCACCAACAAAUGGCACCGUUACCUGCGGUUAGAGUUGUUCCGUCCCGAGUGUUUUCAAAGGCUGGCCUCGAUUACUGCGGGCCAUUUCUAAUUCGUCCGUUAUAUGGGAGGGGGGCAAACGUGAAAAUGUAUAUCGCGGUUUUCGUUUGCCUGGCGGUAAAGGCGGUGCAUUUUGAAAUCGUUCCCGACCUUACGUCCGCUGCCUGUAUAAACGCAAUUACACGAUUCGUCUCGCGAUACGGCCGAUUACUUGAGCUCCAUUGUGAUAAUGCGACAGCUUUCGUCGGGGCUGAUCGCGAGUUGAGAGCAGCACGCGCGCGUUAUCUGCAGCAGUUCCAAACGAACGAAUGGGAGAACUACUGCCUGGAUUCAGGAAUUGAGUUCCACUUCAUCCCGGCUCGCUCACCACACUUCGGGGGGUUGUGGGAGGCCGGAGUGAAAUCCUUCAAAUAUCACUUCCGCCGGAUAUUCGGAAACGGGUCCUAUACACUGGACGAGUUCUCUACUGCUGCUGCCCACAUCGAAUGUAUCUUAAACUCUCGGCCUCUCACUCCCUUAACAGACCAUCCAGAUGACCUUGACGUAUUGACUCCCGGCCACUUUCUGAUCGGGGAGCCAAUGUUCUCGAUACCUCAGCCCGAUGUUUCAGACGUAAAUUUGACGCGUCUCUCUCGAUUACAGGAAAUGCAGAGAUUGAAGCAAGAUUUCUGGAACAAAUGGUCCAGGGAUUAUGUCAGCCAACUUCACCAGCGAUCGAAAUGGAAGACAGCUGUUACCAACGUCCGAAAGGGAGCGCUAGUCUUGCUUAAGCAGGAUGGACUACCACCGUUCAUGUGGAAUCUUGGCCGGGUGGUAGAGACGUACGUCGGUUCCGAUGGGUUGGUAAGGGUGGUACUUGUACGAACUGGUCAAGGAACGUACAAGCGAGCCAUCACCGAAGUUCGAGUCCUACCGCUGGAGAACGAAGGAAACCAUGAGCAUCGGGUGUUGGGAGAGGAUAAUGGAGUAUCCCAACCACCACAAUAA